AUUAAAGUGAUAAAUGAGUAUAAUUGAUGAAUUGAGAAAAGCCAAGUUUACCAAGAAAUUGGAAUAAUUUGUCUUAGCAAAAAGAAGAGCCAACAGCAAUUUGGAAGAAUAUCAAAUAAGAAAAUAAAGUAUCAUAUAAAUAUAGAUAGAAUAAUUAAAAUAUAUUCCUCAAUUGAAUAAAGAGUAAAUUUGUAGCUUAUGUCAAACUUAUUAUGUUAAUCAAAUAACAACAAUUUGUUAACACAGUUUUUGUGAAAAAUGUUUAUUUGAUCAUUUCCUCAAAUGUCGUGUAAAAUAAUUAAUGUAAGUAUAGAAAAAAUGUCCGACUUGCAAAAUAGAAUUCAAGAGUGAUUUUGCUUUUCCUUGUCUUUCAUUGGAUUAUUGGAUUGGGGUUGCUUAAAAGAAUCAUAAAGAUUAUGAACUUAAAUUAAAAGAAGUAGAUUUGUGGAAGGAGAAAGGAAAGAUCAAAGAAUUAAAAGUAGGAAUGAAAUUAGAUAUUCUUGAUACAGUUUUUAUUUGGUGUUUAGGUGAAAUAAAAGAGAUACGAUAUGGAAAAGAUGAUCAACCUAAAUAAAUAUUAGUUCACUAUAUUGGUUGGAAUAAAGUUUAUGAUGAAUUAUUAGAGGUGAAUAGUUUCCGAUUGGCUCCUUAAGGAAGUAAUACUUCUCAAAAGAGUAAUUAAUUAAUAAAAGUUAGAUGUUCUAUAAUAUUAACAAUCAAAUGUGGAGACAUUAUAAAGAAGUCUGCAUGUGAGUGGUAAUUCAAACGAGAAUACAAAUGAGAGAUCAUUAAAUGUUCGAUAAUUAAUAAGGUCUCUGGCUAGUUAACUUUUUUAAUUGAGAAAUGAUCUUUUUAAUAAUUAAAAUUGA